AUAUUACUAACUUUAAAUUUGCCCUGAAUUUGGCAAUCUGCAAAAAGCAGUCGCUAUAGAACCAGUAAAGAGGAAGGAUUCAAGAUGUAACUCCUAUAGAAGAAAAGAACUGUUCGACCCGCGUACCACCCUCGCGGUCAAAGCGAGUGCAAAGAACCCUGUAUUCUUUAUGUGACCAGAUCAGAUCAAUAUACUUCUUUAAUUUGCAACCACAUUGAUUCAUGAGAGAGAGAACAUCAUAUUGCUGGUUAAAGAUUAAGAAGUCUUUUAUAUAUUCUUUUAUAUAUUCUACCAUCUCAAGCUACCCUCCCCAACUCAACUUCGAAAUACUUCCUUUCCAAUUUAAAUAUCACUUUUUUUCUGAGACAGAUAUUUAUUGUUUCGAAUCUGAACUAAGGCUAAACGGAAUCCAUCUCAUCGGGUCUCACGGGCUGUUUGACAUUGAUAAAAUGGCAAUAUUGAACAGAAAAAUAAUCGAUGUAUGGGUUUCUGUUUUAAAUAUAGCUUUCAAUUGGAAUAUAAAAUAAUUUGACAAAAGAAGAAAAAAUUUUACAAGUUUGCGGAACCAUAGUUGUAAAACAAAAUUCUUCGGAAUCUCAUCCUUUGUGAGUAACCCUGCAUCAUGCUGAAGAUAAAGGUAGUCUCUAUAUUACUGCGGAUUUUAAUAUGGAUCCAGAUCUUAAAAAUCGUCGAAACCUCUGGAGUUCCAGAUUUUUCUAGAUCCAAACGGUCAAAAUGCUGCGGAUCAAGAUCUGGAUCCUGUUUACUGCUCUUUUGUAUCAAUUUUGAUCCUUUAAAAGCAUGAUAUUAAAUGAAUUAUGAAAUAACAUUGAAAUAACCGUACAGCUCGGCUGUAACGAAGAAAAAUCAACAUCUUUCAUUAGUUGCUUAUACGUAUAUCUAAUGAAAGGCUUUUCGUCACAAAUUAAAAAGAUAAGGUAAGGUAAGGUUGGGUUAAGUCUAAACAGGCCUAAUCUUAAGUUGUAAUAUUAACCGUAAUUGAACAUAUGAAACAUAGACCGGGAAUGUAUUCGCUCAAUUAAUAGAACUCUCCUGAAAGAUUGAAUGUCCAAUAUUGAAGUUCUUUAAAUAACUCUUAAAAUCAUGGGAAUUUUGUGACGAAUUCGAAAUAGUUUUUGUUAUGAAUUUAUAUUGUUAUAACUAAAUUUAAAAGUCAUAAAGAUUACGUUUCACAUAAAUUUCUUUAAAGAAGGAGAUUGUUCAUUUCGCGUACAGUCCCGUUUAGCCGUAUAUUUCUGUAUGUGUACUGUAUGUAUGGCUCUCUCUAGCAGGUUGAAAGUCGGCCCGGUACAUGAAAUGGUUUGCUAUAACAUAUUCUAUGUGAACAAUAAAAGGCUGUUUUGUUAUUCAGGAAAAUAUUAUAUGAUGGGUCAUUCCCAACUCUUCAAAAUGCAUGUUGAAUAUAAAGGAAAUAAAACUUCCGAUGGUUUUUAUAGUUUGGCAAAAUAUGCUGAGAAAAUCAAGUAAAUCUAAUGAGAAAGAGGGCCUGGAUUAAAGUAAAUCUAUUGAGAAAGAGGGCCUGGAUUAAAGUAAAUCUAUUGAGAAAGAGGGCCUGGAUUUGUUUACAAGCGAUAACAAGUUGUAUGAUGCAUGUCCGUAAUAAUUCUGCAGUCUAAAUAGUGAAGAGAGAAAACUGUACGUUGUUUCACAUUUUUCAUAAGCCUAAGUAAAAUUUGUGAAUAUGUAAAGUAUAGUCAAAAACCUAAGUUUUCCGUGUGUAUAAGUGUGUCAUGUAUGUAUAUAUAUAAUAAAUGUUUACUUAGCACACCUGAAUGACUCGACACAAACCCGGAGCCGGUAUACGGGGAUGGUUUAGAACCGUACAGCUCUUAGGCAUACCUGGAGAAAUCUAGAAACUAGGAAACCAUCUCCAACCAGUGAACGGAACUGAUAUAUCGUGGAUAGUAUUCUAGUAUAGCAAGGAUUAAAUUCAGUUAUUGGAUAGUUAAUAAUAAAUAGGACAGUAUAAUAUCCUGAAAAUGUGUUAGGAGAUAUGAAGAUAGGUUGAUUAAGUGAGUAAGAAUUAUAAAAUGUUGGAUCCAAGAAUGAAUCUAGCUCUCCUAGUUCUGCUUGCUACUGGAGUAAUCAGUAAACUAGAUUUCAACCCUCAAGCUGAUGAACCGAUCAUGAUGCAACCUAAAGGAAAGAUAGUAGAGGAUCUUAACAACUUGGAUUUAUCCAAACUACCAAUUCAUUCAAGAGAAAUUAAAACAGAUGAGAACUGUGAAGAUCUGAAAACAGAGACGAUAAAUUACAGAUAUGAUACAAAAACCAACCUGGAUGAGGAUGUGAGUGUUCUAAUUUCUUCCAGUUCUGUUUUAGAUGAUUCAGUUCAUAGAUUCUUAAUAAUGCAGGACUCUCCUUGGAUCAAUGGAAGCCUGACUAUAAAACCUCAUUUGAAUUGUUACGAUCAUGAUGAACCAAAACUAAUCGAAGAAAUCAAGAAUAGACUGGUUGAACCAAACAAUAAAGAAUACAACUUCUCUGCUCCGAUAGAGGAAAAUAUAAAUGGAGAGGUCGGACAGCCCAGGGAUGUGGAUAGAGUUGUUUUUGGAGGAGAGCUAAAGAACGGGUUCUUCCUGGAAGCUGGAUCCUUUAAUGCAGAAUUUAACUCAGAUUCUCUUUACUUUGAGAUAAACCAUGGUUGGACAGGAUUGUUAGUUGAACCGUAUCCCUUGGCGUAUGGUGAGGGUUUAUUGAAAAACAGAAAAGCGACUCAUCUCCAAACCUGUCUCUCUACACAUACUAAAACUCAGACUGUAUUGUUUGAUACAGUGGGAAGUAUAAGAAAUGAAACGCAUAGAGAAUCAAUGGCUGGAAUUACAAAUGUGAAAAGAGAUAGCGAGGAUCAAUUCAUGAUGCAGUGUUUCCCGCUUUACUCAGUUUUACUUUCAUUGGGAAAUCCUACGGUCAACUAUUUCAGUUUGGACGUAGAAGGAGCUGAGUUUGCUAUUCUCCGAACCGUUCCCUGGGACAAGGUUGAUAUUCAGGUUCUUAGUGUAGAGACUCAUUUGCUUGAUCGGCUCUUUCCAGGGGAUAGAACUGAAUUGAUAGAGUUCAUGGAUAGUGUUGGUUAUGUACAUGUACCUUGGGGUCACACAGUACAAACAUACAGCAGGAAUGUGAUGGGAACUACGGACGAUAUGUUCGUGAAGAAAGGGAUCCAGCUCAAGAUGACAAGGGAGGAGAAGGAGAAGAUGGACAGGAAGGACCAGGAGGACCUGGACAAGAAGGAAGAAAAGGACAGGAAGAAGAUGAAGAUGAACAAUGAGAUGAAGGAGGAGCUAGAUAAAGAUUUAAACGAGUCAAAAGUUGUUAAUUCAAGAAAUGCAGACGAACUUUAAUCAUUGCUGAAAAACAAAUAAAUAAUUAACAUUGUUAAAA